UAACGGCAACCGGUACCGGGACGAGUACAGCUAAGGCUUGUCAAGUCAACCACGUACUUCUUUGUUCGGACUACAGCGGUGGCGACCGGGAUGCCCAUAAUCAGAAGUCCCAGUCAAUCCGCCUUCCAAGUCACCAAAUAUUGCGACUGCCUCUGGGAUAUGGUUUUCGCCCUUGAACCAAACCAAUUGAUAUCAACUUGUCAAUAUUUUGUACAUUCGGAUUUCCAACACUAGGCCCACGGUUAUUGGUUUUUUGACCCGUCGCGUGCCUUAUCCAGUCGUAUUGGUGCUUCCGAUCUGUUGACCUUUACGACGCAAAACACUGCUUAUCUUUUAUUUAUAUUUUCACAAUCGACUGACGCCUUUACAGUAAUCCCAACAAAAUGUUCAGCAAACAACUUCUUUCCGCCGCUACGGCAUUCAGCAUGCUGUCUGGCGUGUUCGCCGUAGGCUGUGAUGACCCUACUGCCACUAUCAAAUCCGCGGCCGACGCCACCCAAGUCGCCAACUGCGAUUCCAUUGAGGGUAGCGUAUUAAUCGACCGAAACGCGGGUCCCGAUAUCGAUAUUGGUGGAAAACUUUCUGAAAUCGGUGGAGAUCUCACAGCCGAGAACAAUGGUCUUUUGAGCUCCUUGAGGAGUGACUCGCUGAAGACUAUCGGUGGUGUUUUCAAGCUGAACAACGUCACUCAUGUCUCUACCCUCUCCUUCCCCAAGCUUGGAGAGGUUGGUAGCAUCGACUGGGCCACUCUCAGCUCUCUCCCUGAGCCCACCUUCGGCAACCCCGGUAUUACUAAGGCGAAGAGCGUCGUGAUUUCCGAUACCUUCAUCGAGAACAUUGAUGGUAUCAACGUUGACUCUCUUACCGACAUGAACAUCAACAACAACAAGCGAUUGACCAAGUUCUCUACCAGCAUCAAGAGCUUGAGCAACACGCUAUAUGUUACUGCCAACGGUCUCAACCUUACCAUGGAGAUGCCUAACCUCCAAUGGAUUGCCAACAUGACGAUUGCGAACGUCACCUCUUUCUCCGUUCCUUCCCUGCACACUGUUAACGGCUCAAUGCGCUUUGAUUCCAACUACUUCGACACCUUCAUCGCUGCCAACUUGACUGACGUUAUCGACGGUGAUGUAUCCUUCGUUAGCAACCCCGAGCUCACCAACAUUUCGAUCCCGGCUCUCACCCAUAUUGGAGGUGGUUUCACCGUUGCCAACAACACAGCUCUGGAGAAGUUGGACGGCUUCGGUAAGCUUAACGAGAUCGGUGGCGCUGUCAAGGUCAAGGGUUCCUUGAGCGAGGUCGAUCUUCCUAGCUUAAAGGAUGUCAAGGGUGCUUUUGACGUCUCUAGCACUAAGGAUAUUGCCGACUCUUGCAACACGCUAGGCAGCUUCAAGGGUGGUGUUGUACAGGGUGACUACAACUGCGAGGGUAACGAUGCUAGCGCCAACCAGGACACCUCUGAUGCUUCCAGCGAUGGUUCAGACUCUUCCGGCAAUGGUACCAGCAACAAGAAGAACGCUGCUAACCCCGUUGGUGGUGCCAGCAUCUCUACCCUCGUCACCUUAGCUGCGCUUGGCUCCCUCGUCACCGCCCUCUUGUAAUAAAGUGGUCUUUUUUGGGUUGGAAUACGGUGGAACAUGGUGGCGUUCCGAACAUUCCCUUUUUAGUGUCAUAAAACCUGUUGUCAUUUCAAGAGUCGCGUCUAGCGACUAGGGCUACGUAUAAGGAACUGCUAGACUUAAUACUGAUGCAUGUGCUACUUGUAACGCAGUCUCGUUCUCUUUGCAAUUGUGAUAUCGUUCUG